CUCAGUUAGGUAACAGCUUCCCAGGUCAUUUUGUACACGCGAACGGCAGCAGGUCUUACUGCAGAUGAAAUUUGUCUUUCUUCACAGUCAGCGGUUUAGAGCCCAAAGUUAAAACACGCAUUGUUCAUCUUUUUAGUGGCGAUUUUUAAUCCACGUAAAAUGGUGUUUUACUUCACAAGCGCCGUGGUGGGCCCUUCCUUCACGAUCUACAUGGGAAAAGACAAAUAUGAAAAUGAGGAUCUUAUCAAGUAUGGAUGGCCCGAAGAUAUCUGGUGAGAUUCUUUAUCUGAACUCUGAAAUAACCUGAAUUUUCUGCAGCUGGGAUUUUUAAAGAAACUGAGAUGAGCAAUAAAAGUUUCACGUGGACAAACUGUCCUCAGCUCAUGUAUAUCUGAGAAUGCCAAAGGGUCAAACCAUUGAUGAUAUCCCACCAGAGGUGCUGAUAGACUGCGCACAACUGGUGAAAAACAACAGCAUCCAAGGCUGUAAGAUGAACAACAUCAAUGUGGUUUACACAGCGUGGGCCAACCUGAAGAAAACAGGAGACAUGGAUGUUGGACAGAUCGGCUUUUAUCGACAGAAAGAGGUAAAGAUCGUGGCAGUGGAGAAGAAGAUCAACGAGAUAAUAAACCGUCUGGAGAAAACAAAAGUGGAACGGUUCCCUGAUCUGGCAGCAGAGAAGGAAUCGAGAGAUCGGGAGGAGAGGAACGAGAAGAAAGCUCAGCUGCAGGAGCAGAAGAGGAGAGAGAAGGAGGAGCAGAAAAGGAAAAAAGAGCAGGAGGAGCUCAGGAACUACUCGUCACUGAUGAGGACUGAAAACAUGAAGACUAAUGAGGACGGCAACGAUUCAGAUGACUUCAUGUGAGAGGAGACAACGAGGCAGCAUCAGACAGACAGCCUGCUGUCCGGCUGCUUUAGCUUCCUGUAACAGACACUGAAAAGAUUAAAAAAAACUCAGACAAACCUUUUUGGCUUUGGGACACUCGGAGCAGAAAGUGAGACAGCGAGGGAUGGAGGCGCCAGGACUCGUGGUUCAGAAACUGCUUUCAGACCAAACCGAGCUGAUUGACCUCCUUAUCGCAGAGAGGACACGGUGGACGAGGAAGCACGGGGCACCAGGAUCGAUGAGGGUCAUUUUAAGGGGGGAGACAUGCUCAGAUAGCAGAACAUUAUCUGAUGGAAUUUCACUGCCUGAUGAUGUUCAUGCUCAUGAUGAUAAAACUGUCUGUGUCUGCGUGGGUGCGUUUGGUUCAUGUUGUUGCUCCCAGUCACAAUAUUUUUAUUUCCCCGCAUGACAGAUUUUAUUGAAUGCAGAUCAGUGUAUGAAUUAAAAAUCACGUUUAUUAUGAAA